CAUUAAGGAAGGGGAGAAAAUACUACUGUCUACUAGCAGCUCAAGAGGAAUAUUAGAAGUCCAUCUGCGGCGGUUUGUCUGCAAACACGAAAAGAAAACUCAGUGCGAUCGUCUGCUAAGGAAAACAUCUGCUCUGUACUAAACGUGAAGAUGGUGUGACAACUGCUGAAGUUUUGUCACAGAAAUACUUAAGAGAAUUGGAUCAAGACAUCACAGAAGAUGGAGCACUCUCCUCAUGUGUACAUACCAGAAUUUGGAGGCAGUGAGGAGAUAGGGGAGGAGGAAGAAGAGGAGAUCUACCAAGUCAGCUCCAACAUCGAACCUGACAUGAGGUCUCAUUAUCAGGUUGAGAAAGAUGGGAGCUCUUUCCCCUGUCAGCACUGUGAAGGACAGUUUGCCAGCAAGCAAGCCUUGGAAAAACACAUGGAGGUCCAUGCUUUGGUUAAUGAUGAGGCACAUUUAUACAAAAACAAUACAAACAAAAUGUCUUUUCCGUCAAAAUUAAGUCACCUGCCGCAUGAAAAGUCAAAUGCUCUGGAUUCAGAAGAUUCAGUCACGCAGCUUCAUACGUCAUCCACGACUAGCUCUAAUACUUCUCUUUUGUCAGCUGGAGAUCUCUCUGAUCAGCCACACACAUCAGAAGUAUCAGAGGGGCAUCAUGCGUGCAAGUACUGUGAAAAAAUAUUCACAACCCACACCAACAAGAGACGCCAUGAGCGUAGAGUUCAUGAGAACCAGCUGCAGUUCACACAUGUGGAAAAAGCUCAGCUGCCUCAAGAGGAAAACCUUCACAGAACAGUCAGUGAAUCAUCUCAGCAGCAAACACGGCUUGGUGACAAUACACCGCCUGCAGCUGUUGUGAAGAAAGAAGGGGAACAUGAAGAACAUUACAUGUUAGAUGUCUCUAGCAAUAUUUCAGAGAAUCUGAGUUUUUACAUUGAUGGAAAGAUAGUGUCAACAAGUACAGUCAGUAAAUGUGAAGCAACUGAAGUCCAUUCUGGGUCUUCGACUCUAGUUGGACUGGAUGCCCUGAUUCUGGACCCCUCUCAUAUCAGCCAGGUAUUAAAUGCAGAUUCAGUUAUAAGCAAUGACAUACCUGGUCAACCACUUGCCAAGAGGAGAACUGCAACACCACCUCUCUUACCACAAAUUAAAACUGAAUUGGAGUCUGAGGUAGUUGUGUCUUCAUCUUCAUCAUCACUUGUAUCUUCGUUAAUAGAGAAUUUACUUCCUCAGAAUACAGAGUCUACAGUUGUGCAGAAAGAAAGAACAGUGUUUCUGUCACCAAAGCUAAAACAGCUCCUAGAAAAGCAGGAUGGCCUUAAACCGACACUUGCGCUCAUUACAGAUGGCCAGAAGCCAUGCUCACCUGUCUCUAUCUCUGUCCUACCUUCUGGAACAGGAAAGUUUAAGAGAAGAACUGGCUCUCCAACAGGCUCUCCACAACAGACUCCAACAUCUAAUGAAGAGUCAUCAUCGUCAGAUCCGGGAGAUUUUGAUAUUGUAAGUACAAGGCAGAUAGAAAACCAGCAUAUUUCACCUGUGAACCAAACAGUCAGUGACAAUGAUGACGUUACUACAUCCGUAACGGAGACAGCAGUGAAACCUGUUUUGCCAGACAACUGGCCCCCUGUGACAGGCGGUAAUUCCUGUAACCAGCAACCUCUGGAUCUUUCUAAUACAGUCAAAAGACAAGAAGAUGUAGCUUUAGCUAAUGCUGUGCUUGAUUUGAGUUUGCAAAAAAAGAGCCUUUGUGAAUCUGAAACUAUGUCAAAUUCAGGUUCACAGGCUUUUUCCAAUGAAGCAGAACAAAAAGCAGCGAUGGAAAAAUCUUUGAUAAAAAUCGGAAACCAAAACCUAAGUCUUGCAAAUUCUGAGGCUCCUUUAGUCACAGACUUCACCAUAGUAACGGGUUCAAACAUUGUUACCCCAGUGGAGCCUGUUGCAGAUGGACUUGUGUAUGGACUUGCCCUACCCCACAGUUCUCUCACUCCAUCAUCUGCCUCCUUGACUCCUGUCGCCUUGCAACCAGCUUCACCAUGCACUAUAGCAUUUGCUUCCCCAGCUGCACACACCAUGCUCCCUACUGCUCCUUCAUUAAUCACAGUUUUGGCACCACCGCCACCUAUCUCCACCGCUUCGAGCCAACCAAUCCAGGUAUUGGGCCCAAAUAUAACUACUGAACCCUUUGUACUCUGUGCAGAAAAUGCAUUAAAUUCUUCUGAGAGUGAUUUAACGCCUACAUUUGCCACUGCAAACUCUGCAAAUCUCGUCACACUUUCCCAACCACUUGACCCAACACUAAAUUUACCUGGCCAUGUGUUUCUUACUGAUCAAAUAGCUCUCAACCCACCAAUAGUUGAUUCAGCACCUGUCACAGAAGUGCCGUUCACACCCACUGUAACUUUAAGUGAUUCCCUACUCAACUCUUACAACAUUGCCAGUAACACUGUGUUAAUAGAGUGUACAAUAGCUCUUGAAGCCCCAGGGAAUGUAGUUCCUGCUGCAAUUACCUUACAAGAAAAUACAGCUGAGCCUCCAGCACCUACACAGAUGGUUGUUAAUCACAUAGAACAGCAACAGAUUGUAUCUGUUCCCAGUGCUCAAACUGUGGAACCCACUAUUCUUGUGUCCUCCAUCGCAGAAUCUGUAACUCUGUCCACUUCCACCUCAGUGGUAUCAGAUUGUCCUCCUCUGGGUGAGUCAAACUCUGACCCAGAGCCUUCAGUUGGGACAGAGCCACCAACCACAAAACCUGAGGAAACCACUGACAGUUCUGCUUCCGCACCUGAAAUCUCAUCUGAACCCGCUCCCUCUCCUGAGAAAGUUAAUGAAGAUGAAUCCUCAAAUGAUCCAGAAAAUGAUGUCCAAGAGCAGACAUUCACCAAGAAUUUCAUCUGCAAUGUGUGUGAUAAGCUUUUCCAUUCAAUGAAGGAACUUAGUCAUCAUGUGGCUGACCACGCUGAUGACUGGCCCUACAAAUGUGAGUUCUGUGUGCUGCUCUUUGGCAAACCCUCUGCUUUACUUGACCAUCGAUCAAGCCUCCACGGUGUUGGGAAGACUUAUGUUUGCAGUGCUUGUACAAAAGAAUUUGUCUAUCUUUGCAAUCUGAAGCAGCAUCAGGAAGAAUUGCAUCCAGGCCAGCAGUGUACUCAUACAGAAGAAGAAAAAGGCAAACUAAGACCUCAGAACUACAACAAUUCAGCUAAAGUCAACACAGAUGCUUCAGGACCUGAAGCUCAAGAGGAACUCAAGAAAUUGGUGAAAAAGGAAGAGGGUGUAGUAGACGUGGGUGGUGAAGAACUUUUUACAACAAUUAAAGUCAUGGCUUCAGAUGGAGGCAAAAUCAAAGGGCCUGAUGUUCGUCUUGGCAUUAACCAGCACUAUCCUAGCUUCAAGCCCCCUCCAUUUCCUUACCACAACAGAUCACCUGCUGGUUCGUUGGCUUCAGCCACAAACUUCACUACACACAACAUCCCACAGACCUUCAGUACAGCCAUUCGGUGCACCAAAUGUGGAAAAAGCUUUGAUAACAUGCCAGAGCUUCACAAGCACAUCUUGGCUUGUGCCAAUGCCAGUGAUAAAAGGCGAUACACACCCAGAAAGAAUCCCAUACCUCUACGUCACUUUGCAAAAUCUCAAAAUGGAGUGCUGUCAACUACCAAUUCUACAAAUGGAUUAAAUGCUUCAAAUAGAGUCAGUCAGUCAAACAGGUCCAAACCUAGCCAGGAACCACCUGUAAAGUUCAAAGUACUUAACAAAAGGAAGAAAAAGUUUGCCCAAAGGGUCAUGCCGCAGAGGAACAAGUCCAUGCAUUCAUCAAAUAAAAUGUCACCUGUACAGGUGGGUGAGCAACAGGAAUUAUUUGUGUGUCCACACUGCAGCAGGGAAUUCACAAUGCGUCGCAGCAGAACCAAACACAUGGCUGUUUGCCCCAAGAAACCUAAAGAGGUAAAGAAAAGGAAAGAAUGUGGGAUCUCUGUGACGAAGGAAAACGAUGGACACUUGCAUAGAGGGGUUCCUCAUGGUGAAGAGCAACAACAAGGCUCACCUCCACAUAAAACGAGACUUCAGACGUCCGCCUCUGCAAAGAGGCCUGCCAUUCUACCAGUGCAAACUGUCUUUUCAAGCAAAAGAAGUAAAAUCAUUAUAAAAGAGAGCACGCAGCCAAAACAAGAGACGCCCACCUUGAAUGAGCUUCCCAUUGUUCGCACUUUUAACCCCUCCAUGCGGCAGUAUAGCAGAGUGCAGCACAGCGUCAAAGGAGUUCCCAUCAAAAUAACUAUUGUGAAACCUCGGCAGACAGCACCGCAAAAGGAUGAGUUGCCUCCCACCCAGAGGAGAGAAGAAGCAACCGGAUCUGUUACCGGCAGUGCUAAGCAGAGCGCUUCAGCCUGAUGACUACACAGCAGGCGGUCGGGGAUCAGCAGGACUCUGCUGUAUGGAUCUCCUUCAGUGACUUUAAAGGGAGGAAACUGGUAACGACACUGUAAACCCAGCAGACUUGUAGGCUGCAGAAUACUGUAUAAUAAACUGAAUUCAGGACACUUACAACAGACCAUGAAGGAUUCUGCAGUGAGUAGGUUUGUGUAUAACCAAGUCUUUCAAUGCUUUUGUAGUAUUUUUGGAGUUUUGUAGAGUUAUCCUUCAUUGCAGAAACUUUCUGUCAACGGCUUGGAUUUGCACUUGAAGUUAAUCUGACUGCUACAUGUCACAAACUGAAGAGGAAGUGGGGGGGAAAACUGAGCUGGAAGGGCUGCUCUGCUCAUUAGGUUAGACGAUGGCAGGUGGCAAUCAUUUCCCGCAUGCAUUUGCACUUUUUCUUAACUGUUGUCUGUGGCCUUUUGGUUUAAACUCUUAAUGCAUGCUGUCUGUGAGCUUGUGAUUUAAGUUGCAUUCAUCUAGGAUGAAUUUUUUUUUUUUUUGAGAUGCAGUUAGGCCUUAAACACUGCCUCUGAUCAUUUGUUGUCCUGUUAGGAAGUAACCAGCGUAAGUACCCAGAAGACAUGCCAGAGAUAAGAAAAUGUAAAUGUGUAUGAUUGUUUCUGAACUUCAGUCUACAGAAUCAUACAAAACCAUAGUGUAAUGUAACACUGGUGACAAGCAUCAUGAUAAAUUGCAACUAUGGAUUUGAGCAGCGUCACUUAAUACUUGGGAAAGUCAAUUUUUCAUCAUGAGAAUGUAAGAUUAAGUUGAUUUAAUGCUACAGCCUUCUCAGUACAAAACCGUAUUUUGUCAUUGGCCGAGCUGCUACUGUAUAUACGUGUAUGGGAGUUCUCUUAAUAAUGCUCUAUGUGCCAUCUAAUGUAUAUAAUAUGACUAAAUGUGUCAUAAAAGUGGUGAAAACAAGUAUUCUGUGUUUCCCAAGUAAAGAAUUUACUUAGGUGGUUCACCCAAAUACAGUCACCAUCACUUACUGCAGCUCAAUUUGCAUAUUCAGGCCUUGCAGAAGUUGCUUUGAAAUAUUGCAUUGAUGUGACAUUUCUUGUCAUAAAAACGAGAUAAAAAAAACGUACCAGGAAAGGUUUUGCUUGAGCACGCAGCGCUGCCUUUGCAGCCGUUUUGAAUGUGUGACACCACAGAUAAAUUCUUAAUGUCUGGGGAAGCUCUGCAGUUUGGUGAAUUUACAGCGCACUCCCAAACAGAAAUACUGUGCUAAUAUUCUGAUGCACCACUGCUGGUUUUACAUUUAAGUUCAUGUCUAAAGAACACUGACAGAGCCAAUCUUUGUUUUGGCUUCACUGUCUUAAUUUGCUCACCUGAUUUUGCACUUAUUCUACAAAUGCUUUCUUUUUUGUGUUUUUGUUCUUUUUUUGUGUUUGUUUGGGUUUUUUUUGUAGUGUUGGCCCCACUGAAUGUGCAGUCAGUUAAGAUAUUUCCAUCUGUAACAUACAAGCAUUACAUCAUUGCUUAUAAUCUGUGCAGCAGCUGUCAACAGUUUAAUGUGUGAAGUGCGUAAAAUGAAGUCCAACAUGUAUCAAUCACAGUAUGGGAAUAUGAUCAUUUUUUGGUUUGUUUUUGUUUUGUUUGGGUUUUUUUUGUUUUUUGUGCAGCAAACCUCUAGUGGCAUAUAAAAAUGUUUGUGGCAUCAUGUCAGUAAAGUAUCUGUUUAUUUAAAAAUUUCUAAGCUACUAGUUUGCUCCACUGCUAUACAGGGUAGUAAUUGUGUUAUGACUGAACUGAGUGUUAUUAAUUUGCUCAAACUAAAACUUGACAAUGGCCUGUAUCUGAGGGACAGUAAUGGUACUUAUACGUUUUUGACUUUCAAACUCAUUAUUGAUAAUAUUGCUUUCGUUCAGAAAGUCUUCAACAUCUUGGAUGUACAGAACGGUUUGGGAGACUGUUAUUUUACUGUGAAAAGUGCUUGUAGCAUUUCGUAGUGUAAAUUGAGUCAUGUAUAUUUAUUAAUAAUUUAAAAAUCAUGUUAUCAGUCUUUGAACAAUUUCUUUGUAUGAUUUGCACUAAAGUUUUGUUUUGUUUUUCGAGCAAGUGUUCAGAAUAAAUUGAGAAUG